AGAAAUGAGAGUGACAUCUCAAGGACAUCUUUCAAAAUUUCUCUCUGAAAUAGAAAUAGUCGUGGCUGUGAUAGAGGAGCCUGCGCUCUGCCUGUGUGAUGGCAUGUUUCCGGACCUGCUCCCGCCUCCUCGGACUGAGCCUGGGCAUGAUGGCCUUGUUGGCUGCUGGGACCAACAUGGUGCUCCUCUUCCCCAAUUGGGAUUUCCACUACCUGUUGAGAGGCCUUGUUGGCAGGCAUGCCAUGUUAGGCUCUGGCCUCUGGGGAGGAGGCCUUCUGAUGCUGACUUCUCUGUUGUCAAGUGGACUGGCUUUGUUUGGAGCCUUGGUUUGCUUUAUCACUUCGGGAGUCGCCCUGAAAGAUGGCCCUUUUUGCAUGUUCGAUGUCUCAUCCUUCAACCAGACACAAGCUUGGAAGUAUGGCUACCCAUUCAAGGACCUGCAACACAGGAACUAUUUGUAUGACCAUUCACUCUGGAACUCCGUGUGCCUGGAGCCUGCUAAUGCUGUUGUUUGGCACGUGUCCUUCUUCUCCGUCCUGCUCUGCAUCAGCCUCCUUCAGAUGCUCCUGGUGGGCAUCUAUUUUAUCAACAGCCUCCUGGGCCUUUUCUGCAGCCUCUGUGAGGCACGAUGA